AUGGCAUCUCUCGUCGCCAAAUCCCUCUGCUCGCUGGCCUUGGGUGCCACGUUGGCCCAGGCCCAGCUCUGGGACACGGUCAUUCAAACGUCUUAUGGUCCGGUCGAGGGCUUUCAGUACUUCAAUCAGUCGACCUUAGAGACCUACUUCGGUAUCUCUGAGUCUAAUGUGACGGCCUUCUUGGGCAUUCCAUUCGCGGCUGACACAGGCUAUCAAAACCGCUGGAAGCCUCCACAGCCUCGCAAGAAGUGGAAUGAGACUCUCAAGGCCACUGAGUUUGGCUCUGCCUGCCCGAAUCCGACGCUGUCUACUUGCAGCGAGGACUGUCUAAACUUGAAUAUCUGGACCAACGCUGGCUCUGCAGAUGCUAAACUGCCAGUUAUGGUCUGGAAUCAAGGGUCUGAUGAAACAAGCAAUAAAGCCUGGUGGUACGGCGGCGGAAUGGCCCUGAAAGACGUGAUCUUGAUUACCUUCAACCGCCGUGAUGACGCAUUUGGUUAUCUUGCCCACCCGGAACUCAACGAAGAAGGAUACAAGGCUACUGGACACAAAACAUCUGGCAAUUACGGUAUACUCGAUCAGCUCGAGGUUCUCAAGUGGGUGCAGAAGAACAUUGCCCGGUUCGGUGGUGAUCCUGACCGGGUCACUGUUGCUGGGCAGUCCUUCGGUUCAUCUCAGGUCUACCAUGCCGUCAACAGCCCGCUCUUCACGGGUUACUUCCACGGUGGAAUUUCUGAGUCGGGUAUCAGAUAUCCCUAUGAUACUCUGCUAGCUGGUCUUGCUACAUCCUACGUCAAUAUGUCUACGGCUAUUGAGCACGGUGUCAACUACACCACCUUCCAUAACGUGUCGACGAUUGCCGAGCUGCGCACUCUCUCGAUGGACGAGCUCCUGAUCGGUUCGCAGGAUCGUGUUGGUAAUGAUUCUAUCUGGUGGGUGACCGCAUUGUCCGCCGGCUAUCCUUUAAUCUUCAAGCCGGUGCUGGACGGCUACGUCCUGCCUGAGAAAUAUAUUGAGACUUUGAUCAACGGCCCCGCCAACGAUGUCCCUGUCAUUACCGGCAACACCAAGGAUGAGUCUGGAGCUUCGACAACGACCGAUUACACCGUGGCCGAGUACGAGUACUACUGCUCCCUUAAGUAUGGCAAUCUCUCUAGCCGCUACUUCCAACUCUACCCCGAUCACAAGAACCAGACUAUCGCCGACCGUGCAUGGAACGCGGCUGCUCGCGAUACCUCUCUCAUUGGAUCCUGGGCCUAUGCGACAGACUGGUACAAGGCAGCCUCAGCUUCCUUCUAUACGUAUUACUGGACCCACGCGCCUCCUGGCCAGGACCAGGGUGCAUUCCACCAGUCGGAGAUCAUGUAUGCGCUGAAUGCGCUCUACGCCAACGCCGACACCUACCCCUUCACCGAGAAGGACUAUGCCAUCCAGGAGAAGAUGUCCGCCUACUGGGCCAAUUUUGCUAAGACCUUAGAUCCCAACCAAGGUGAUUCCUACACUGGUAAGGGCGCCCUCGCGCAGUGGAGCCCCAACAGCGCCAAUGGUACCCAGGUCGUGAUGGAGCUGGGCAAUUACUUUGGAAAUGUUCCCAUUGCAAAGCCCGCACAGGUCGAGCUUAUCAUGGAGUAUUUCCACCAACAGAUUCCCUACUAG